UCUUGGAGGAGGAGAGAGAAGGCGUGGGGGGCCUCCCAUCCCCAUUUUGAGCACUGGGCAGGGCAGGGCCAGGCUGGGCCUAGGGGCAAGGAGAGGGGAGGGGCCAAAGGGUAGGCGGGGCGUCCUCAGGGGCCUCUGGCCCUGGCUGUGAGGCCCCUGCACACACGGCACACGGAGCUCGUAGGCACACGGGGCUCCCAGGCAGCGUUGCAGCAGCAGCACCUGGCAUGGCGGAGGACGGGCCGAAGCAGCCGCAGCUCAGCAUGCCCCUGGUCCUGGACCAGGACCUGACCAAGCAGAUGCGGCUGCGCGUGGAGAGCCUGAAGCAGCGCGGGGAGAAGCGCCAGGACGGUGAGAAGCUGCUGCGGCCAGCUGAGUCCGUCUACCGCCUGGACUUCGUCCAGCAGCAGAAGCUGCAGUUCGAGCGCUGGGAUGUGGUGCUGGACAAGCCGGGCAAGGUCACCAUCACGGGCACCUCCCAGAACUGGACACCCGACCUCACCAACCUCAUGACGCGCCAGCUGCUGGACCCCGCUGCCAUCUUCUGGCGCAAGGAGGACUCGGAGGCCAUGGAUUGGAACGAGGCCGACGCCCUGGAGUUUGGGGAGCGCCUAUCAGAUCUGGCCAAGAUCCGCAAGGUCAUGUACUUCCUCAUCACCUUUGGCGAGGGCCUGGAGCCCGCUGACCUCAAGGCCUCUGUGGUCUUUAACCAGCUCUGACGGCUGCUGCUGGCUGCCUCGCCCUCCCCAUGCCUGCCCGCCUCCCCCUCCCCUGCGCGUGCUCCUUUACCCGAGGCGUGUGUUGGAGGACCUUCUCCUAGCUGCUGAUCUGCCCUCAGCGUGCCCAGGACCCUCUGAGCCUGUGUGCUUCCUCCUCUCCUUUCCCUGGUGCUGGCACUCCUGCUCCCAUGAGGAAGAUGCAAAGGUCCUGUAGUCUAGAAGCUGACCCGGCUGCCACUGCUUCUGCUGUAGACCAUGGAGGCCUGGUGGGGCCCAGGGCAUGUGCCUUCCCUCUGCUUCGUUGUCCGGAGAGAGACUCAGAGAGGCUGACAGAGACAGACAGACACAGAGAAAGAGAUCCAAAGCACCAGCCUUCGGGCUUCCUCAGGAGAUGGAGAGACAGACGACAGAGCGGCCUCCCUGGGGAAUCACUGCUCUCCUGGCCACAGUGCCCUUCGCUGAAUCCCAGAGGUGAACAGUGAGCCCGAGGACCCAGGAAGGCACCGCUCCUGGCCCGGGCCUGGCAUGGUCCCGGGAUGCUUCAGGGGCCCCAGGACUUCAGGCAGCAUUUGGGGGGCUGAUCUGGGGCAGUGGGGAGCAGCUGGCAGGCUCGAGGCUGUGCUUGCCAGCUCCUGCCCUACUGGGGAUGACUUCGGGGGGGUAAGUGACAGGGAGGGAACAUGUGAAAAAGUUACGUAGAGAUGCAUCUAUCUGUACGUGUGUGUAUAUACUGAGAGAGCGUGCUGUGUUCAUGGCUAUGUUCUAGAGCCUGUACCUGCGAGCAAGUCUGAUUUUAGAUGAUCUACUUUGUAUUGCCCAGCUGGUUCUUGGGUGGCCCUUAGUAGGGGCUUGGUCAGGAUGACCUUGGGGAAGGGGGCUCCUGAGCUGAGAGCCUCUGAGGUUCAUACAGUGAAGCAGGGAA